GGAGCUGAGGUCCAACAUUUGGAUGCUGUUUAAAGGGAUUUGGAAACUGCAAAUCAAAUUAAAAAGCCACGUUUGUCAGAGCUGCAGAUUUGAUUAGGCCCUCAUCCCUGAUGUGUGUAGAAAAGAUUAGACAGUGGAAAGACAGGGUGAGGUAACAGGUAACAAGGUGUGGCUUGUAAAAGAAAGAAAUAACAAAGGACAAGAAGGAAGAGGAGGAGGAGAGGAAAACCAGAGGAGAGAGACAAUGAAAGAGAGGGAAUGAGCUGAGCCCUCUGAAGUAAAUCUCUCUCAAUCUGAUCAGCGUAUGAGGAGGUGGACAAACCAUUCAACAAGUGAAGAUAAACAAGCACUGAGGUUUUCUUACUGUUUUGUGACCCAUGAUCUCUCAGACGGUUCUUAUUGUGGGUGCAGGAGCUAUUCUUGGUCCUUUAUGUCUUCGCACAGCAGAAACUUCAGAGCAUCCUCUACUUCACCAGCAUCACAGAUUGUAAAGUGAAGCCAAGUUUUUAGGUGGUUUUGGCUGAACAUUGGAUGGAGAUCAUGGGAAACCCUAUGCUCUUUCUCCCUGUGAUUUUUUCCUUACUUCACCUUGUGUCCCUUACAUCAAGUUCAGACUUCAGCUAUGGAGCCCACCCACGUUUCGUCUGCACCCCGAUUCCUGCAGAUGCAGACCCUUCCUGCUUCCCGAGUCCGGGAUCUACAGGCCCCGGGUCACAAAACCAUCAGAACGCCCCUCCUAGUGGCUGGUGGGGUGCUAGCGAUGAGGCUAAAGCCUCCAUCCUCCAUCUCAGGGAGAGCCUCGUGCAGCAGAAGGAGAUCAUCCUCGACCAGAGGGAGACCAUCAGAGAGCUGACAGCCAAGCUCACCCUGUGUGAGGGCGUCGGGCGAGGCGUGUCGCUUCAUGAUGAGCACCAUGGCUCUGUGUCAUACUCUCAUCACAGAGGAGUGCCUGUUCACCACACAUCAUACACCGAAAACAGUCACUAUGGCAACGGCAGACUCAUCCCAGACUCACAGCACCACCCAUCCUCUGUCCAAAGAAGGGACGGAGCGAAGGACAAACAUAUGGGGGCAGGGGACAGCACUUCAUCAACAGAGCAGAUGGAGCGGAUGCUGCAGGCGCUGAAGGAGAGGCUGAACAACCUGCAGCAGAAGAGGAACACUUCCAGCACUUAUUCCAGCUCUCUGAAGGAGCUUCUGCAAAGGAAGAUCAGCACCUUGGAGGAGCAGCUGCACCAUGUAGGCAGCAGCCCAGAACACCACCACCACCAUGAUGAUGAUGAUGAUGAAGACUCCAGCCACAGAGACGACGAAGACCACCACGAGGACGGCCAUGGCUCUGAUGCCCAUGACCAUGACAAUAACAACGGACACCACAAUGUUCAUGACGACGAAAGCGACCAAUCGGACCAUCACGGCGACAGCCACAGUGACAACCACCACGGUGGAGGUCCUGGGGAACACCAUGAUGAUGGUAGUCAUGAGGAGGAGGAGGAGGAAGAGCAGGAGGAGGACGAUCACAGGAGUAAUGAAGCAGACAAUCACAGUUACCUCCCACACACCGGCUACAGAACCGGGUUCCAAUCUAACAAACUGGAAACGAUGCUCAACCAGCUGCACCUGACAGCUUCCAACAGGAAACAUUCGGAAAACCUGGAUGCCUUCCAGAUCAGUUUUCCGAUGAGGACUAACUACAUGUACGGCAGGAUGAAGAGGACACUCCUGCAGGAGAUCUUCGCUCUGACCUUGUGCCUCUGGAUGAAGGCAGGAGUUGGACCUGGACUGGGGACUCCUUUCUCCUAUUCUGCACCAGGACAGGCCAAUGAACUGGUUCUCAUCGAGUGGGGGAACAACCCCAUAGAACUUCUGGUGGAUGACAAGGCUGUGACGCUGCCCUUAUCUCUGACCGAUGGGAAGUGGCACCAUGUUUGUGUGACGUGGACCACGAGGGAUGGACAGUGGGAGGCCUACCAGGACGGUGUGCAGAGGGGGUCUGGGACGAACCUCUCUCCCUGGCACUCCAUUAAACCCGGAGGGGUCUUCAUCCUGGGACAGGAGCAGGACACUCUUGGAGGUCGUUUUGAUGCCACUCAGUCGUAUGUAGGGGAGAUGUCAGACCUGCACAUGUGGUCGCACACACUGAGCGCCUCUGACAUCUACAGCCUGGCCUCCUGCGGCAGCCACCUCCGAGGAGAUGUCAUCGACUGGUCGGAGUCAGAGGUAGAGCUUCACGGUGGCGUUGCAAGGUAUCCCUUUGAUCCCUGCCACUAAAGCUUUACCCACUGAAGAAGAACCAUAAGAAAUCAAUCAGUGAUUGGACUUUGAAUCUUCAGACUGUAUGCCUUUCUUUCAACUAUUUCUCCUCAAAUGUUGGAAAAAGGAUAGAAAUGAAGCCUGACUGUUUUUACAGAGAAAAUAUAGAGCAUUCUCUGCCAUCUAUGAAUUAGUGUUUUAUUAUAAACAGACAAGUGCUGACUGUGACAUAUUGUCAUGAUGUGAAUAAGAAUGCGUUCAGUUCUGUGUGGCUGUGAACAGAACCUAAAUGGUUCGACAGGAUAGAGUGAGUUUGAUAAAGUUUUUGUUGUGAAAUAUCUUCAUACUUUGGAUUCUUUUGUUAAAGGUUUCCAUGAAUCAUACAGCUAAUUUACCAAAGAAGACAUAGAAGUCGAGUUUCUUUCAUCUAUUUUCUGUGUAAAUCUACAUGUAAACAUAGAUCUCAAAUAGUUUAGAGUUGUACCCCCUGGUUUGAUUGCCUCAACAAUGUGUGUUAUUUUGCUUUGUUUCUAUUUAUUUUCCCAAUAUUUGUCCUCUCAAUGCAUGUUUUUUUCACAGAACAAACCUUUAAUAUUCACUGCCCUUUAGUUGAUUUAGUAACUCCUAACUUUAGUGUACUGAGGUCAUUGCACUGUGGCUUCCAAGUCAUUUUGGCCUUUAUUGUAUAUUUGUACAGUAUGUGAUACAUUGAAGAUAUUAGCAAAUGUUUUAUCU